CCGCAUGCGUACAAGCUCGAUCAGUGUCAGGUCAAUACUGAAUGAAGAUGGCCGCUCUUGGAGCAAGACAGUGGGCUCGGGCCCUUCUUAAGGCCAGAGGGCAAGGAUUUACAAAUACGUUUAUCGGUGCAAGAGCAGCCUCCGGACCUUCAAAGGAUAUGCUCCCUGGCCCAUAUCCCAAAACUCCCGAGGAGAUGGCUGCAGCUGCUAAGAAGUAUAACAUGACAUUACACGACUACAAACCUUAUCCGGAUGAUGGCAUGGGGUAUGGAGACUACCCAAUGCUUCCCGAGAAAUCCCAACAUGAGAGAGACCCCUGGUAUGGAUGGGACCAUCCCGACUUUAGGAGGAACUGGGGAGAGCCGAUGCAUUGGGACUUUGAUAUGUACAUCAGGAAUCGUGUUGACACAUCUCCCCUGGCCAUGGACUGGAAGACCAUGUACACAACCCUUCUGGGUUUUGUGGGGUUCAUGUUAUUUAUGUUUUACGUUGGUGAAAAAUUCCCAUCUUACCAACCUGUGGCACCUAAGCAAUAUCCAUACAACAACCUGCACCUGGAGUCAGGAGGGGACCCUGAGAAAGCGCCAGAAGAAGUGAAAAAUUAUACCAUCUAAAAUGUUAUACGUCUGUUCUGUUCCAUGUUUGUUUAAUCCUAAUAAAGUACUAAUUUAAAACG